AUGGUGUCGCCCGGCAAGAUCGUCAUUGUCGGCGCCGGUCCCGUUGGGUCUCUGGCCGCCCUCUACGCUGCACGCCGGGGCUACCAAGUCGAGGUGUACGAGUACAGAAAUGACCUCCGAGAUCCUUCGACAACACCGUUGAACUUUACCAAAUCCAUCAACCUGGCCCUCUCUGAGCGAGGCAUCAAUGCUAUGCGCCAUGCCGAAUCUGGAAUUGCAACUGGUGAGACCUCGCUUCUUGACCACGUCUUUGGUGUCACCAUCCCCAUGAGAGGCCGCAUGAUCCAUGGCCGGCGCCCAAACGGUGAAUUGUUCCAAGAACCACAAGAUUAUGACGUUCAUGGUAGAACAAUUUUCGCCAUUGACCGCGCUGGGCUCAACAAGCGCCUACUCGAUAUUCUUGAGAGCAUGCCUAAUGUCAGCUUCUUCUUUAACCACAAGCUGACCGGUGCCGACUUCCGGACUUGUAAGGCCUGGUUCGAGGUUCAAGGCGGGCCUAAGACGGAUGGCCGAUCAAAGGAGAUUGAGGUCGACUUUGACUUCAUGAUCGGCGCAGAUGGCGCCCAUUCCGCCGUGCGGUACCAUAUGAUGAAGUACUGCCGCAUGGACUACCGCCAGGAAUACAUCGACACCCUGUGGUGUGAGUUCCAGAUUGCCCCCAAGAAAGAUGCCGAGGAUGUCAAGUCCAAGUUCAGAAUAUCUCCCAACCACCUUCACAUAUGGCCGGGCAAGGACUUCAUGUUCAUUGCUAUCGCAAGCGAUGACGGCUCCUUCACUUGCACCCUCUUCCUGCCAAGUGCCCAGUUCUCUAAUUUAGAAUCCAACCCUGCGAACUUGCCUGCCUUCUUUGACCGGUACUUUCCGGGAGUUACUUCACUGAUAUCACCAGAUGAUCUCAUCGCCUCGUUCAAGUCGAAUCCUCACCUGCCUCUAAUCAACGUCAAGUGCAGUCCUUAUCAUUACUCGUCGUCAGUCGUCAUUGUAGGCGAUGCCGCACAUGCUAUGGUGCCCUUUUAUGGCCAAGGUAUGAACGCCGGACUUGAGGACGUGCGUGUGCUCUUCUCCUUCCUCGACAAGCACGACGACCCCGGCAGCAUUUCACAGGGUCGUGCUGCCGCCCUUGCCGAGUAUACCGCGUUUCGGGUUCCCGACGCGCAUGCAAUCAAUGAUCUUGCACUCCAGAACUACAUCGAGAUGCGGUCCUCCGUCUUGUCGCCAGCCUACAGGCUACGGAAGAUCCUGGAGGAAUCCCUAAGCAAAUACUUCCCUGGGCUCGGCUGGCAAACCAAGUAUUCUCGAGUGUCGUUCGGGAACGAGCGGUACUCCGAUGUUGCCGUUAAGAGUGAGCGGCAGGGCCGGGUUUUAAUUCGCGCCUUCAUGACUGCCGUAGGAUUGCCCAUUCUAGCCGGGUCGAUACUGCUGAUUUUCAAGUACAAACGGACAAUCAAUGCCGGCCUGUCCUCCCUUUCGACAUGGUUGCUGCAGCUCGUGCAGCGCCGGUGA